UUUCCCCAUUUCCCCACGGCAACCUCACUCCUUACCACUCCUUCGCGGAUCGAUCAUCAUGACUCGCCUGCUGAGGGCUUUCACGACCUCCAUACGAGUGGCUGCGCCCUCGUCUCGCCUGCUUCAACGGCGCUGCUACUCCGCAGCUGCGGACUCUCUCGAUUCACAAGCUCCUAACCCUCCGAAUUCAUCACCGAAUGGACAUGACUUUAAACUAGAUUAUCAGAAAAUUAUCGAUUCAGUGAGCUUCAAAGAUGAGGAGCCGCCGAACUUGCAGGGAAAGCUUCCACCGGGUGUCAGGAUCCAUGGAAAGUGGAUGAAAAUUAACAAGAACCGCAUAAGGCUGGAGAUCAUGCACACCCUGCUGCGCGAUGCGUGUCGGUGCCCCCGUUGCGUGGAUCCAUAUUCCAAGCAGCGCAAGUUUCUCACCAGCGACGUCAACAUUCAUGUUACUCCCCGGUCCGUCAAGCUACGCGACAAAACCCUCGAGGUCAGGUGGGUGAAUGACAUCUAUGGCUAUGACGGGCAUGUCUCCACAUACAAUCUGGACGACCUGGCCCAUAUAAGCCCAGUCCCAUUAAGAUCCUCCGCCGGCAAAAGGAGACCGCGUUGGCUCUGGGAUGCGGGCCAGAUGGACAAACGCCAGCACUGGAUCACCUACGAAGACUAUAUGCACAACGAGGCCAAGUUCGUGGAGGCCAUGCGCCAUCUGGCCAUGACGGGGCUGGUCUUCGUGAAAGAUAUCCCCGACUCGCGCGACGAGGUGGAGAAGCUCGCGACCAAGAUGGGCCCGCUCCGGAACACCUUCUACGGGGCAACCUGGGAUGUGCGCAGCGUGCCCCAGGCCAAGAACGUGGCCUACACGAACCAGGACCUCGGCUUCCACAUGGACCUCAUGUAUAUGAACGAGCCGCCGGGAUAUCAACUGCUGCACUGCCUCGAGAACUCCAGCGUCGGCGGGGAGUCGAUGUUCCUGGAUGCCUUCAAUGUUGCGAAUUCGUUUCACAAGCGGUACCCCAAUGUGUUCGAUCGCCUCGCCAAGCUGAAAAUCAACUACGAGUACAAUCACGAAGAUCACGUCUAUACCAACUCAUGGCCUGUCUUCGAAGUCGGGCCCGGUAACUCGCCUGACUCCCUAGAACUCGCUCACGUCAACUACUCGCCGCCAUUCCAGGGCCGCAUGACGCGGUUCAAAGACCCUGCGGCCAUCUCGAUGGUCCUGCGCUCGUUGAGGCUAUUUGACAAGCAUCUGAAGGAUAGCGACCGCAUCUUCCAGCGCAAAAUGCAGCCCGGAGAGUGCGCCAUCUUCGAAAACCGGCGCGUGCUCCAUGCGCGCCGCCCCUUCGACCUGAACAGCGGCAAUCGCUGGCUGGCUGGCACCUACGUCGACGAGGAUUCUCUUCUCUCCAAGUUCAGGACUCUCAGCCGGAAAUACCCCACCGAUUGGUACAGAUAUGGAGUUGAGCUUGUCGAUUCUACGGAAACCAAGGAGGUCAUGGGGCUCAAGCCGAGCGCGACCAAGAAGAAGUGGAUCAGGGACACCCAGGAGGUCGAGGAGACUGAGGAGACCGAGGAGACUGAGGAGACUGAGGGGUCCCGGGAUGGACAGAAUCUGCAGUAGAUGGCGCCGUGAGGACACGGUCCCGCGGUUGUCAGUAGAUACGAUGUACGAAUGAAGCUACUCAACGGGGUCGAGGUGUAUAUAGAUAUGUGAGUAACUCUUCCCCCAAUUUGUUUGUAAUCACCGACCGAUCCUUGUAUCUUGUGUUAUUUUGAUUCUCCAAUCCCUGGUAUUUAAGCGUACAUUCAAUACAUCGAGUCAGUAAGCGGGCAAGAGACAUAGGAAAGAA